AUGAAAACAAUUGCCGAUAACCUUGAAGCUGCAGUUGAAUUUGUUCAUGAAACUUAUUUUGCCUUUUAUAUUCUUGGAGGACUUGGUCUAGAAUUUGAUCCAAUUUCUGAGAAUCUCAAUUCUCAGUUAGAUUUAAUCAAUCUAAUAGAGUCCUUUAAUGCUAAUUCAGAAAAUCUCUCUGCUAAUCCUGUUGGUCUUUCUGUGAAUUCUUUAAAGUCUCUGAAUUUCAAUGCUGCGGUCUCAAACAGUCAGCAUAAUCAUUCUGUUGAUAAUUUUAUGAGGCAUGUCAAAUUUCCAUCAAACAUUGGUUUUCAUUUUGCUAAUAAUAACCAGACUUACAGUCCCAAUUCUCAACGUUUUGUUCAAGACAUUAGAGGUAGUAGAGGAUAUAACAAUAGAGGAAGAGCGUUGCAAGGACCUAAUCCCAGUAGUUUUCUCAUUGGCAUGCAAUCUGGUUUUCGUAAUUCUGCAUCAGCUAUGUCAUUUACUCCUACUUUGUUUCAAUUUCAACCUCAACUAGGUGUUCAAGGCCAAUUUGGUCAUGGCUCUCAGAUGUUGGCAGGAAGUUUUGGUCCUUCGAAUGUUUCCCUUGGAUAUUCUAAUGCCUUAGUUUCUCCUGGAAAUUUUAUGCCAAGUGCUCAGCCAAAUAAUAUGGUUGGUCAGAAUGUGAUUGGACCGAAUGGUUUUGGUCAUUUUCCUAGUUCCCAGCUGCCAGUAUUGAUGCUAGCAAAUUUGACAAGUUAUAAUGUGCCUUCUACUUUGUAUAAUAAUCACAAUCCUACUACUAAUGUUGUUUCUACUUCUUUACAGAAAGAUCCUUCUUGGUUCCUUGAUAGUGGAGCAACUAACCAUGCAGUGGCUGAUGGUGACAGUCUUUUAGAACAGAUUGAAUAUCAAUGUAAUAACAAGUUGGUUGUGGGAAAUGGUCAGAACUUGGAGAUUACUCAUCUUAGUAAUACUUUUUUACUCUCACUGUCUAUGAUGAUUAAAUUGAACAUUGUUCUAGUCGUUCCAUGUAUAGCAAAAAAUCUAUUGAGUAUUUCUCAGCUUACUCAAGAUAAUGAGUUAACUGCUGAAUUUACUGCUUAA